CCUAAACCUAACGUCGAAACCGGGGUCCCUGCCGGCUCCUCCCGCGACCCGCCGUGGGCCACCCCCCGUGAGGUGCAGGAGGACUUCAUGGAGAAGGUGAGCGAGACGCGCGUCGCGGCGGAGCUGCUGCCGGUCUUCCACAUCGAGAAGUCGAUGAUCUGUCGGAUCGACGUGCGUGUCUGGGGCAGCGUGACGCUGGCCGAGCUCCCGCAGAAGCUGAUGCCGGCCACGCUGAAGCUGGUCCUGAAGGUCCUUGCGCUGUCGGACUCCAUCUCGAUCGAGGGCAGCACGCUGGUCCUGAAGAAGUGGGCUCUGCCGCCAUUCCGCGGCUCCCCGCAGCAGAUCCAGGGGCUGGCGAUGCUGAACUACCAGCGGUCCCUGCUGCACUUCGUCGCCAAGGGCAUCACGUCCUCCAACCUGCUGCCGUGCCUGGGCCGGCCCGUGGGCAUGACCAGGGAGGUGGUGUCCAUGUCCGCGGACAUGGUGGGGCAGCUCAUGAACACCAUCGACCUGUCUGCCAUCGCGGACCGCGAGU